CGGGGUAUCUCCGCUGGAUGGGGGCGGGGUUAAGGCAAAGCAGAAACACAAACCCCGCCCACCGGGGGCGCACCGGGAGCAGCAGUUUGGAGCUGAGCCGGUAAUCAAGCCAAACGCUCCCCUUGUAGCUUCAAGUCAACUUUUCAACUCUUUGUUCCCGUGCGCACGGGUUCUUCUCGGUUCGGUUCUUCUUCCGAAAGUCCAGGGAGCAGAGAGACACGGCACAGAGUUGAACUUUGCAGGGCGCCUGCAGACUAACGGAGCAGCGCGGAGAGUUUGGAGAAAGGUCGCAGCAGCGCUCCGGAGAGGGAGACUUCAGAGUUACAUAAGAGAAAACAUAAAUCCUGAAUGAGCGCUGGGCUCUGGCUUCAGCCACAGACUCUGCGCGUAAAUGCGCGACUGAGUUGAGUUUCCAGCUAUGAGCAGGACGCGUGGACUGCGGUUCUGACCCGGUUCUGAGUGUUUGAAAAUGAAACUGUGGAGCAGGUUGUCCUCCUGGAUGAAUGUUUGGAAUAUUUUCUUGACUUUAGGCGGUGAAGUGUCUCCGUGGAGCUGUUAGUUCUCCACGCAUGAAGUCGUGCGUCCUGCAGCUGAAUGAGAUGGAUGAUCAUCUGAGCGCCUGUUUGGAUCCAGUUCAGCUCUGAGCGGCAGAAUGAAGCCAACCUGCUGCAAAUAAGAUAGUUUUAAUAUCUGUGGAUUGAGAGUAACUGAGGAACCUUUCAAAGUCGGACCGGAGAAGUUUUUCAUGUGCUUCUGUUCUGGUUCCCCCCGCGGCUUACAACGCGCUCACAGCUGAACCCGAAGAGACGCGGAUGUCCGCCGGGAAGCAGCGCGCCGCGCCGCCGCCGCUCAUGGAGCGCUCCGGGCGGCCGUCGCUGCUGCUGCCUCCACCGCUGCUGCUGCUCGGGCUGCUGCUGCGACUCUGCUGCGCCGUCACCGACGACCGCCUCAUCUCGGACCGGUAUGCUGUCUACUGGAACAGCUCCAACCCCAGGUUCUUCCGGGGUGACUACACAGUGGAGGUGGCAAUCAAUGACUACCUGGACAUCUACUGUCCUCACUACGAGGUGCCAGAGUCGGCCGAGCGCAUGGAGCACUACGUUCUUUACAUGGUGAACUACGACGGCUACAUGAGCUGCAACCACUACAGGAACGGCUUUAAACGCUGGGAGUGCAACCGGCCACAGAGCCCCAACGGGCCGCUCAAGUUCUCCGAGAAGUUCCAGCUGUUCACGCCCUUCAGCCUGGGCUUCGAGUUCAGGCCGGGACAUGAGUACUACUACAUCUCGUCCCCACAUCCAAACCUGGCUGGGAAACCAUGCUUGAAGCUCAAAAUCUACGUCAAACCAAGCAAUGACUCCAUUUAUGAAUCACCGGAGCCCUUCCUGACCGACGACACCACCGGCGGCAGCAACCUUGCUCUGCCGUCUGCCAUAUUGCUCUCGCUCCUCCUCAUCCUCCUCCUCGCCUCAUCGUAGCACCACCUCCUCUUUCUCCCGCUGCUGCAAGAACAGAACAGAUGAAGAUGAAGUCCUGCUCCCUAAACUCUGAUCCUUUUCUGGACAUCAUUGAGGAGUCUGAGGUCAGCAGCGGGAGACUUUUGGAGCCGCAUCUCGAUUCCACAUGGAGUCUCUGCAAACUCUUCUGCUUUGUGAUGUUGCUGUUAAAAAUCAAAUACACUUUCAGAUCUACAAGCUGAGACUCCACUGACUCCCAUGUUCAAAUGUCCACCGCCUGCUGGAUUUGAUGUAUCUUAAACCUUUAAGCUUAAAUCUGCCUUGUCUAAAUUUUAAAAUUUCCAUGUGGUUCAUUUUAGAUUUAAUGCCAAAGUUUUGUAUAUCCGCUGUAUGAGCUCCUAUUAGCUGUAGCCAAACGCUAAGACUGCCAUAAAAGUGGUUCUUUUAUUUUUGAGAUUUUGCAUUGUUGCACAGAUAUCAGCUAAUAUGCAGAAGUCAAAAUGCAGAUAGUUUUUCUUCAACUUUUGGAAGAUUUACAGAAAAAAUAAAAAAGAAAUCUAGAUCCUAGUCAAAAAUAAUGGCUAGCAGACAGAUGAUCGAUCAGGAACUCCUUGUAUUCCCUGACAACUUCUAAAUGCUGCUAGCUUUAACCUUCAACUAGGAUGAAGUAUCUCAAAAAAAAAAAAAAAAAAAAAAAGUUUAAGGUCUGAACACAUCUUGUAACUAAAAUUUACAAAUAAAAUACAUUUGGAAAUGAUGUUGAAGGGCUGAGCUCUGCUGGAUUAAAAGUGACUAGAUCUUUAUAAAAGAUUAUAAAAGAAAAUUACACAAAUCUGGAUUGAAAAUAUAAACUAACUUUAUUAGUCCUUGUUUCUUGAAAAGAAACUUCUAUUCCCUUUGUGCAUUCCAUCUGGAUCUCCACUGCUUCCAUAGAGACCGGGUGCUGGAGGAAAACAGUGAAAAAAAAACAUCCAGCCAUUUUUAUAAGUAAAGUUUUAGACCAUUACAACGAAAUCAGCAGGCACUGUUUCUCCCAUGGAAACCCAGAAAAGUAAACUAUACCAAAUAUAUAACAUUACUUAUACAUCAUAAUACAAAAAUAAUGAUGAUAAUUUAUAUCAACCAUCCUAUUACCAUACUAACUUUAUUGGAGUCUUAUUCUUCUGCCUCCUAGAAGUAUUUUUAAACAAAGCAACCCUCUAUAAAAUAAAAAAAAACUCCUUCCAUGUAGGUAUAGGUUACCUUCUUACCAUUCAGAAACCGCUUGUUGCCUCCCUUGCUGCUUGUGCAUAAGGCCUAAUUUCUUAUGCUUCUGGGUCUGACUCACGAUCCAAGAUGUACGGUUGCACUAUUAUGCUUCUAUUUGCAGCCAUUUUCACAUGUUUAAAGUGCUGGGAACCCCCUCCUAUCAUUGAGUUGGAGGUGGCAGAUUUAUUUGCAUAAAUUAUUCUGAAAUAAACUUGAAUAGUUAGAAGUGAGGACUAUGAAUCUUUGAAUGAUUUUGU